AUUCCUGCCACUGUUCGUAUCUCUGACUGAUAACCUUUUGACUAAAAAAACGGAUUCACUAUUGUGUAGAUCGCGGGCGCAAGCCAUGCAUGGUACGCCGUUGCUCUUGGCCGUGCUCCUGCUGUGCCUGGGGCGCAGCUCCCGGGCUGGGGAAGAAAACUGGAUAAUUGAAGUGUCCGGGAACUGUUCGUGUGUGCCGUAUUAUCUCUGUGACAACACUGGGUACAUUAAAACAGACGGGGUCGGAUUGCUAGAUGAACGGACAGGAGGCGAAAAUCCUACAUUCUGCUCAGGUGGAACCCACGAGGCAGAGCUGGUCUGCUGCAAGUUGCGCCCUCAAGCUCCACCGAGCACCAGCACCGUUUCAACUUCUUCGGACCUCGAACUGUUCAAGAGCCCCAGGCAGAUGCGUUGCGGCAUGCAAAGAACUACCAUAGAUGUGCGUCUGUUGGAAGGCGACGAUGGGCUUUCGCCCAUCGACGGCGAAUUUCCCUGGAUGGCUGCCAUUUACAGCAGGGAUUCGUCCCGAUGGAAGCGCCAGGGCUCCGGAUCGCUCAUCCAUCCACAGGCAGUUCUAACUGCCGCCCAUGCAGUUCCAAG